UAUUCGAUCGUCGCUGAUGGAAACCGAUGCUCCUCUUUGCUUUUCUCACUCUGCACCUCGUACCGAGUUUUAAUUAAGAUUGCCAAAAUGUCAAUGAACCGAAACAAAGACAAGGUUGUCCUAACAAUAAAAGAUGAUAGUCCCUUUAGCUAUCUUCAAGAAGAUGUCUUGGUAGAGAUAUUAAUCAGAGUUCCAAUAUCAGACUGGGAACAUAUCUCCUCCGUUAGAAAGCAGUGGGCUGAUUUGUUCCGUGGAGAAGGCUUAUGGCAAGCUGCUCUGAACCGGGCGUAUCCUCUUGCCAGCAAAACUCAGAGAUGGACUGGACCAAUACGCCAAGGAUCAAGCAAACGGAGAUUUAUGGCUUUAUACAUAAGCAAAAACAUAUUAGGUGUGGAGACAGACAUAGAUGAAAUGCUUGGACAUAUUUACUUAUUCUUGAAAGAUCAGCUUCAGCUUUCAACUACUCCUGCUUCAGGCGUCCUGCACGGAACCAUGAUCGACCAAUUGAUUGUUAGUGGCAAAUCCAAAGAAGAAGCUGAUGAGCUCGUUACAAAGAUCUGGCUGGCUCUUCUCGACAAUAUAGAGGACACGAAACAUACCUUUCUUGUUCUGAAAUCCAUUGCACAAGAAUAUGAUAUAAUUUCGAAUCCUCUACCUAGCAAAUGAGAACACUCCCACUCUCUGCCAAACCCUAACAAACAGUCCACUGAAGCUACACUGAGAGAGUGUGAUGGAGAAGAAAAAAGGACAAAAAGGUUCAAACUUGAAGUAAGUAGGCAAGCAAAAUUGAAAGAUGAGAGAGAGGAAGACCAAUGACAAAGACAGGAGAUAUCAAAUGAAAGAGUGAACCACUUGAGAGAGAGAGAGAAGAAAGCUUUAUAAUGUCUUUUAUUACUCUCAAAUCAAGUUUUAUAUUGAGGAGCACAAUUAUAAUGUGAGAGACUGAUUACGAAACAGAUCUCAUUAGAUUCAUAAUUAA